AUGACCUUAAAGCGGCCUCGGAGUAUUUAUACGGAGGAUAUUAUGGCUAAUGCGAUAAUUGAUGUCACAAAAAACGGCUUGUCGCAGUACCGCGCCGCCCAAAAGUAUGACAUACCUCAGCAGUCUAUUUCCGACAGACUCAAAGGCCAGGUAGCCCUGGCUGAUCAGAUCCAGCCUCGUCAACUCUUGAGUAAGUCUCAGGAAGCUCGCUUGGUUUCUUGGAUCCUCCGCCAAGAGUCUCUCGGCUAUGCUCCCUCCCACAGUCAGAUCCGCGCAUGUGUGGAGGCUCUUAUGAAGCAACUGAACAACGAGCGGACAGUGGGGCGCAACUGGGUCUCUAAAUUCAUCAAUCGCCAUCCGGACAUCAAGAACAAGCGUGGAGACGUCAGGAAGCUAACCGAUUUAAUGCUUUUACGCCUCGUGCGGUUCACUGGUUCUUCGAUAUCAGGAAAAGGAGUAUGGAUGGAUUAA